UUUCUACCAAACAAACGGCGUUGGUGAAUUCGCAAGCGGCUGUUUCUUUAAUUUGAGGGUGGUCGCGGGAUUCGCAAAGUGGCGCACGUGCUGACGUAGCGGCAGACGAAGCAUACGGCAAUGGCACCCCCUGCAGUAGCACCGGCGCUAGGAAGGAGGGUGUUUGUGGUUGGGGUCGGCAUGACUAAGUUUGAAAAGCCUGGGUCCCGUGAAGAUUUUGAUUACCCGAAUAUGGCUGAAGAAGCAGGUCAGAAAGCGCUCAGCGAUGCAGGUAUUCCUUAUUCAGCUGUGGAACAGGCUUAUGUCGGCUAUGUUUAUGGUGACUCAACCUGUGGUCAGAGGGCUGUUUAUCACAGUUUAGGACUAACAGGCAUUCCUAUUGUGAAUGUGAACAACAACUGUGCCACUGGAUCUACUGCAUUGUUUAUGGCCAGACAAUUAAUUCGGGGUGGUUUAGCCAACUGUGUCCUGGCUCUUGGAUUUGAAAAAAUGGAAAGAGGAUCUCUUACAUCUAAAUUCAUGGACAGGGAGAAUCCAGUGGGCAAGCACGUGGAAGUGAUAGUAAACAAAUAUGGCUUAGCAGCAGCGCCAGUUGCUUCACAGAUGUUUGGAAAUGCUGGAAAAGAACACAUGGAGAAAUAUGGGACCAAAGUAGAACACUUUGCAAAAAUUGCAUGGAAAAACCAUAGCCAUUCAACCAACAAUCCGAAUUCCCAGUUUCAAAAGGAGUACAGUUUAGAAGAAAUCUUACAGUCACACAAGGUUUUUGACUUCUUGACAGUUUUACAGUGUUGUCCAACAUCUGAUGGUGCAGCAGCUGCAAUACUGGCUAGUGAAGAAUUUGUGAGGAAUAAUGGAUUAGAGUCAAAAGCUGUUGAAAUUGUGGCUCAAGAGAUGACUACUGAUUUUCCAAGCUCUUUUGAAGAAAAUAGCUGUAUUAAAGCAGUUGGCUAUGAUAUGACUAAGGAGGCUGCCAAAAGAUGUUUUUCAAAAGCAGGCCUGAAACCUGAAGAUGUGGAUGUGAUUGAACUUCAUGAUUGUUUCUCAGCUAAUGAACUAAUCACUUAUGAAGCUCUGGGACUUUGUCCUGAAGGCAAGGCUGGUGAGCUAAUUGAAAGAGGAGAUAAUACUUAUGGUGGAAAAUGGGUCAUAAAUCCAAGUGGUGGCUUGAUUUCAAAAGGGCAUCCACUGGGUGCUACAGGUCUGGCUCAGUGUGCUGAACUCUGCUGGCAGCUAAGAGGAGAAGCCGGAAAGAGGCAAGUUCCCAGUGCAAAGCUUGCUUUGCAGCAUAACCUAGGCCUUGGCGGUGCUGCAGUGGUGUCCCUGUACAGGAUGGGCUUUCCUGAAGCUGCAAGAUGUCGGCAAAUCCAAGCUGUUCCUACCAACGCAGCUGUUGAUGGGUUUAAGGCAAGUCUUGUCUUCAAAGAAAUUGAAAAGAAACUCCAAGAGGAUGGAGAGGAGUUUGUCAAGAAAAUUGGUGGUAUAUUUGCCUUCAAAGUGAAAGAUGGCCCUGAGGGUAAAGAAGCAACUUGGAUAGUUGAUGUGAAAAAUGGUAAAGGCUGUGUGGAUGUUAACUCAGAUAAGAAAGCAGACUGCACAAUUACAAUGGCUGAUUCUGAUUUGUUAGCAAUGAUGACUGGGAAGAUGAAUCCACAAACAGCUUUCUUUCAAGGCAAAUUGAAGAUUUCUGGGAACAUGGGCAUGGCUAUGAAACUACAGAGCCUACAGCUUCAGGCGGAAAAAGCUAAACUUUGAACCACUAUAACUUCAGGAUUUGAUGAAGACUUGAAAAAUAGUUUCUUAAGAGCUAGGCUGGAACUAGGUGUUGGAAUUAGCACAGUACAGGUUUUCUGAACACAUGUGAUCAACUCUAGCUUCCCUGAAGCCUCUGUUUUAACGGCAGUUUUGGCAUUGCCUUCCAUGAAUCAGUCUAAACUGCUGCAAAAUGGUUGGGAUAGUGUAUGACUGUUUAUAAUGGUUAAGACCAGCAUGAUGUACCAUGAUUUUGGUACAUCUAGAGUGGUUUAACACAUUCUAAAACAAGUGAUUGAUCAGUGCUGUCAUUUUUUGUGAAACUUUAAAAAGUAGAAAGAACAUUGGGAAAAGAUAGUGUAACUUUUUUCUCUUAAAUAUUUCUUUUUCAUGUUUUGAAAAAAUCUCUCAUAGUGGUUCAGUAAAAUAUUAUUUACUUUGCCUGAGAUCCAGAGAGCUAAUUUAGACAGGCCAAAGAUUUCAAAGAGCAGGUACAUUCCCCCCGCCAUGUCAGAAAAUGCUUUUGAAAGUACUCCAUUUCAAAAAUGGUUCACUAUAUUGGCAUGGAGAGCUGGUGAGAGUUCUCUUGGGCAUGUGGAACUGUCUGUGCACGUCUUUGAAAUCCCAACCAUUUACUUCUUUCUAAAUUAAUAGUUAGAUCUUUUCCUUAUGAAAAUCAAAUCUGUGCACUAAUGAAAUUAAUUAAUAGAGCAAAGAAAUUGUACUGCUUAUUCCCUGAAAUUAAGUUUAU